GCCGCCUUCGAGGCAACGUCGUCUGCUCGAUUAUGAAACUCAUGCACAAAGCCGUUGUUCAAGCCUCGACAGCACGAUGAUGUCCCAUUCUGUGUUCGACCCCGCGCACAACCUCCCUCUACCAUGGACGCAAAAGAGUCACCGGCGAGUUCAAAGGUGAUUGUACAAUGUGUCGACCCUCACAACCUCUACGACAGCCUCGAGCCUCGUAUUUCCCAGCGGAGCCCUUUGCGCAAUCUACAUUGGAAGUCACCCACUCGUCCACUACGAUCUAUACCCGCCCUGAACAUUACCCUUUCGAGAGAGGACAAGUCUACUGGAACGGCUUCGAAUGUUCGCAGGCAUCAAAUCCCAGGUUUAAGGGAGACACCCUAUGUAAAACUAUAUCUGCUCCGUUGCGAUGACAAGGAGACGUACAAGGAGAAAGCAAGAAGAGAAGUGCGCCAAUGGGUCAAGUCGCAGACAUCUGCUGGAGACGGGAAAUCAAACAAGAACCAGGAGGACCAUGACGCCUUCGAGUGGCUGAUAGUUCACGUGGUGCUGGCCAACACACCGGCCGCGAGCCAACCGCGAUCCUCGAAACACAUAUCUCUGGACACAACGGAGAGCACCGAUAGUGUUAACAGCAAGUCGAAAUGGUCCGGUAAGAGCUCAUCCACCAUCUUUGAUAAGCUACGGGCGGACUUCAAUAGCGGGUCCAAGUCCGCGUUCAAUCGUGUCGCCCAAGUCAGACUCUUAAAUCCACACGACAAGGGUACGCCGCUGAGCCCUGCAGAUCUCGAGGAGCAAUGGCAGGAUCUCAUUGAAGGUAUCAAAGCUUGUAUACUACGCUCUUUCGAUGCACGAGUUGCGCAGUACGAAUCAGACAUAAGGGAAAGAGAUGGUCAGAGGACUCUUCCAGGAUGGAACUUUUGCACUUUCUUCGUCCUGAAAGAAGGCCUGGCCAAAGGCUUCGAAAGUGUUGGGCUUCUUGAGGAUGCUUUAGCCGUCUAUGAUGAACUUUCGCUUGGUCUGGAUAACCUGGUGCAGGAUCAGUUCCGGAAAGGCGAUAGUGACGAUAGCGGUGCUCUUCUAAGCGUUUCCAAAGAAUCGAAAGCUCUUCUCCGUGCUGCCCUUGAGGAUGAAAAUUAUUCGACCAGCAAUGGCACCUCCCAAAGGACCCUUGACCUCCGGGAUAUAUUAACAGUUGAUCGUGAGCAAUUCCCGUUCGACGCCGAAAGGAGAAAUUAUCAAGACCUGAUUCUGACAAAUGAUGUCUCUGCACUUGAUCUGCGAAUAUACUUGUUUGCCCGCGAAAUGGACAUCUUGCUAAGGCAAGCGCUGUCGGAGGCGUCCAAGAACUCUCCCGGUUCAAAAUCCAGUAUCAAUCUUCACAUUUUUGCGGACCUUGCAGAGCGUGCUAAUGAGUUCAUCAACCUGGCGGCCCGCAGCCUCCGGAUGGAGCUUUAUAGCGCCUGGGGAGGUCAAGAAGGGCUCAGCGCUCAGGAGUUAUCUACGCAACGUGCUGUCACAGGCAACAUCGUCUCAACGUUUGAGUGGCGAGCGGUCAUGCAAAUCAUCAGUAAGGUGCUACCGCCUCUGGAGCUGGAUGUCGAAUAUGGUACAGGUUGGCUUUCACUUGACUCUGUCGAACUCUUCCGAAUCAUGGACAAGAAGUCAUCCCAAAUUCAAGAAACACGCAAUCGCUCGAACAGAAUGUCGUUGGCUGCCGACUCUCGGUCUCCUUCGCGUGAACGAUCUCAGGGACCUCACCACAAGAGGGUAUCUGUCAUCCCGGAGGAAGCUACUACACGCCAGGUUGUCUUCUCACGCCCUGGCGCGGAGAGGCUUGCGGUUUGGAUUUCUAGACUUAUUAUCAUGGCAAGACGUGCAGUAUCGAAUCUGGAGGCAGUACAGCCAUGGUUGGUAGAAAUGAAACGUGCCGCAUUGCACUAUGACUCAAACACAAAAACAAACAUGACCAACGGGACAGCACAAAGAGCGUCGCUCUCUGAAGCAAAGGAUGAUGGCUUGGCCAACGACAAGUCCGACUCGGUGGCUGGUCUCGACUCAAAUACAUUGACAGCAGCUGCAUCCUCAAAGUCGACCUUUCUCGACCUCUUCGCAAUGUUGUCCGUCCUCGCCUAUCGAGUAGUUGCAGACACAAACAGUCAUUCUACUGCACAACAAGCCUUGAUCGACCUAGUCGAGCUAGAAUAUGCGCAAGGAAACUAUGGCCGAAGCGCGCGGUACCUUCACAGCAUUCUUGGACCACUUCCCAAGACUACCUACAAACCGUCCGACAGCCACCUGUUACGCAUUUAUGCUGACUGCCUAAGACACCUUGAUAAGCCGACCGAAUAUGGCCGCUGUCUCGUUGCCUGCCUGCAUUGCGGUUUAUAUGGUGGCUCUACUGGGAAACCUAGUGCCGUACAUGCCGCCGGUUAUGUGGACCAGCUCUUUGAGACUGUACCAAGAAUUGAUGCAACGACGCUUCCAAUGUCCACCUUAUUCAUGGCUCCUAGUGUUUCAAAGGUCAUCACCCAUCUUGUCAACCAAGAUGGCUUUGCUUUGAGAUUACGUCUUCGGCCAUUAUCUCCUAUGACCACUCCACUCAUUAGAGAAGUCAAAUUGCGGCUAGCCUCACAGGCCGUUGAACCACGGUUCAUAUCUCUCAAAUUAUCUGAAGGUGUCGUGAUCGGAGAGGACGGAACAGAUCUUUUGCUACAAACUACUGUCAUGGCCCAAGGUUGGUAUAUGCCUAGUGAACUCGAAGUCAGCAUCGGUAAGCUAAGACUUUUACAACAUUUUCGACCAACCCAACAUGACGAGAGCGUCCCGGUUGAUGAUCCGCUGCUUGAUCAGCCCAUGGCAGUUCCGGUCCUGGUUUACCCUUGUCAGCAAUCCAUGGACGUCAGUAUCGUUCAUGCACCAGUCAUACAUCUGGCGGAGACGCGGAAGCUACUCGUCAAUCUUAUGCCAGGCCACAAUAACGUAAGCCAGUGCAGACUGCGUUUUAAAACAGCGACAGCGGGCCUGAGACUUAACAUCCACGAAGCAAAAGCUCAUGGAAAUGGCCAACGGCUUGAAUCUUUACGUACAGCCCGAGAAGGCGAUGCUCUUAUGACGUUCAUCGAUGACUUGAAGCCAUAUUCGGAAAGCUCAGUCGAGAUCCCAUACUCGAUGGAGGUGCAAACCGAACCAUCGGUAGUCAUCCGUGUUGAGGUCAACUAUCAGACUGAUGGAGGAUCCUUUGAGUUGUACGAAACGGCGUCUGUCAAUGUGAUUCUUCCAAUCACUGUCAAUGUCCAAGAUAUCUUCAGAGAUGCCUGUAUGUAUUCACGUUUCAGUAUCAGCCCUUCAACAUUAGUACCAUUGCGGUUGUUACGUUGUCAACUGGAAAGAAAUGAGGCAUACUGUCCGGUUGAUAGUGGCGGUUUCGACCAACCAGAAAUGGUGUUCCCCAAGCAGCCGGCUAGCUGGACCACCAGGCUUGUGCCAUCAGAACCCGCCGUCAUCAGCGCCACACAGAAACUGACACUGUGUGUCGAUUUCCAAGCGGUUGACGAGCUCAUCCUAUCCAGCCUCGAAGAUAACUUCAUUUCCGAAUUUUCCAAAACCCCUCACCAUGGCACGACAAGACUCUUGGCAGGACACCUGAGGAAUCGUGUUCGAACCUCAUGGACGGAACAAGACUUGGAAGUGGCUGCCCUGACUGAAGAGAUUGAGAUCUGGAACAUGGAGGAUAUGGAUUGGUCCUCUGUUCUGUGUGCCCUUGAUUCAAACACCAAGGUCGAGGUCGAGAAGUGGCUACAAGUCUGGCACGCGCAAACAAAGCCUAUCAAAUUUCUCGCCGGCGAAGCUCCAACAAGGCAAUUGAAGUUGCAUGUUGACAUCGCACCGCAUCCCGUGCUUGUUAUGGCGUGUCUGGAGAUCCACGGUGUCGGGUCAGAGGGGCAGACCGCAAUUGUGGGACAAGCUAUGUUAGCGGACCUUGUUAUGCAUCUUUCAAAUUCGAAAGAAGAUGUGGUGGAUGCGCUGUUCGAAGUUACUAACUCAGAGUCAUGGCUGGUGGGUGGAAGACGCAAAGGCCAUGUGCAAUUAAGCAGAAAAGCAAGUCAAAUUUCCGUGGUAUUGGUCCCUCAACAUAUGGGACAUGCACUCCUACCAACCAUCACAGUCAAAUGUCGAAAGCAGAACAAAAGUAGCGGUGGCGAUGAGGUGUGGACAGAUCUGCCGAGUGAUGUGCAUAAUCCAAUGCAGGGACGUUGUAUUCAGAUCAUUCCUGAUCUGCGAAGCACGACGGUCGAGGUUUUUGGAGACACGCCAACUGACGGAAAUGGGCGACUGAUAUCGAGCCAAGGGCAUCAAGCAUUUGGAUGAGAAGAUGAAAAUGAAGAGUAGGAUUCUAGAACAUCGAUAUUAGACCGAGCAAGAUUUUGUUUGUGUGGUCUGCAACCAGCGAAGAGCAUCCUCCAAACUCGUAUAAACUCACUAGGAUCUACAGGCACCAUUUCGCAGCGACGCU